GCGCUUUGCGGCGUUGCCGGGCGGCAGCGGGCGGUGAGGGCGGCGGGGCGGCCGCCAUGGAGGGCGGCGGGAACUCCAAGGGCACCGGGCUCGGCGGCCUCUUCGGCGCCGGCGGGCUCGGGUACUCGCACGCCGACCUCGCCGGGGUGCCGCUGACUGGAAUGAGCCCUUUGUCACCGUAUUUAAACUUGGACCCCAAGUAUCUAGUACAGGACACAGAUGAGUUUAUCUUGCCCACAGGAGCCAACAAAACUCGAGGCAGAUUUGAGCUGGCCUUUUUUACCAUUGGAGGAUGUUGUAUGACAGGGGCAGCGUUUGGUGCACUGAAUGGUUUGAGACUUGGCUUGAAGGAGACACAGAACAUGCCGUGGUCAAAACCUAGAAACGUACAAAUUCUAAAUAUGGUGACAAGGCAAGGAGCAUUAUGGGCUAACACACUGGGAUCACUGGCUCUACUUUACAGUGCAUUUGGAGUCAUCAUUGAAAAAACACGAGGUGCAGAAGAUGACCUGAACACCGUAGCUGCUGGAACCUUGACAGGAAUGCUAUACAAGAGCACUGGUGGGAUGCGUGGGAUGGCACGAGGUGGGAUCGCGGGGCUGACGCUGACCGGCCUCUACGCUCUGUACAACAACUGGGAGCACAUGAAGGGCUCCCUGGCCCGGCAGUCCCUGUGAGCAGGGCAGAGGACACACUUGCAUAGUCACCAAUCAAAUCAGUUGUGAGAUAUAUCUGGUGCCCCUUCCUAUUUUAUUUACAAUUAGUGUGAAACCGAAGGAAGCUGUGCUGGGAGGAACCUCUUGACACCGUGUAGCUGGACUGGCCCUUUCCUUCCCACCAGCCAGUUGCUGGAGAGGCAGCAAUAUUUGUUGGACUUGCAAGUGAACAGAGUGGCCACCAAGACAGUCUUCCUGGCACGCUCACCAGCCAGCCCUGGGCCAGAGCCACAAGGCCUGCUCAAGUCCUGCUGCCAGGUUUGUUGGGGCACGGCAGCGACAGCCCUGUAAUAAAGUCUGUGUCCAUAGACCAUUCCCUGCAGCCUCAGCACACAUCACCUGGCAACUGGCACAGGGCAAGGCUUGUUACUCUGACAGCACAAGGCAAGCUAUAAAAAGGGACAUCAUCAUUAAUAAAAAGGGUGGUACUUACUCAA